AUCUGAUCUUGAGGUUAUGAAUUUAAAACAAAUACAUUUUAUGUGAUAAAAGUUUUAAUAAUGGUUAGAAUUGUAUCUUUAAAUUGUGUUAAAAACAUUUAUCUUUCCAACUACCUGAGAUUUCACCAAAGAUUGAUUACAAAGCGUACGAACAGUUCUGAUUCUAAUAAUAAUGUAGUAGACGUGAAAAGGAUUAGGAAUUUCAGUAUAGUAGCGCAUGUUGAUCAUGGCAAAAGUACGUUAGCAGAUCGACUGUUGGAAAUAACUGGUGUUAUUAAACCUGGUGCCGAACAUGCCCAGGUCCUUGAUCAACUACAGGUGGAAAGAGAAAGAGGCAUUACAGUGAAAGCAGUCACAGCAUCUUUAAAUUAUACUUACAAUGAUGAACAAUACCUCCUCAAUCUCAUAGACACUCCAGGACAUGUAGAUUUCUCAAAUGAGGUAGUACGCAGUGUAACAGCAUGUCAAGGAGUAAUCUUACUGGUUGAUGCUAAUGAAGGCAUACAAGCUCAAACAGUAGCCGUACAUGCCCUUGCCAAAAGAAACAAUCUUACAAUCAUACCAACUUUAAACAAAGUGGACUUACCAAGAGCAGAUCCAGAGAAAGUAAAAUCUCAAUUGAAAUCACUCUUCAACAUAGACCCCGAUACAGUCAUGAGUAUAUCGGCAAAAAAAGGAUGGGGUGUCAAAGAAUUAUUAGAAGCAGUUAUAACAAGGAUACCACCGCCUAACAUUGAUGUAGAUGGCCACUUCAAAGCUCACAUAAUAGACACAUGGCAUGACAAAUACAGAGGAGUUCUGUGUUUAGCAUACAUUCAUUCAGGGGUAGUGAAAGUUGGGCAAACUGUAAAAUGGGGGUCGGACUUGAAGCAGCACACUGUUAAAUAUCUUGCUCUUCUGAGGCCUAGUGAGGAACCUAUUGAAACUGCUGUGGCUGGACAAGUUGUCAUGGUAGGAUGUGGCCCAAAAGGCGGCGGCUCUGUAGGUGACCAACUCAUCUCAGCCGACUCUCCUGAAAGCACAGACGUGUCCACAGUACCUCCAGUGAAACAUAUGGUGUAUGCCGGCAUCUAUCCUUCAGACCAGUCACAGCAUACUUUACUAAGUGACGCUAUAAAGAAACUGGCUUUAAAUGACUCUGCUGUUAGCGUUGUUGCGGACUCUAGUCCAGCUUUAGGGCAAGGAUGGCGAGUAGGAUUCCUGGGUCUUCUACAUUUGGACGUGUUCACCCAGCGACUACUCCAAGAAUACAAAGCUGAAGCGAUAUUGACUGCGCCGUCAGUGCCGUACAAAAUUAAAGUCAAAGGAGCAAAGGUAAUAAAACAAUACAGAGGGGAAGAGGUGCUGAUUACAAACCCUCUGCAAUUGCCUGAUCCUCACAAUAUCGUCGAGUAUUACGAGCCGUUCGUGAUAGGUACAAUAAUAACCCCAGUGGAGUACAUAGGAGCGGUGACGUCACUGUGUAUGGACAGACGUGGCAGUCCCCUACCCGCAAAUGCCGUUGACGACAAAAUGACCCUGAUGCAAUUCAUCCUGCCACUUUCAGAAGUCGUUAUAGACUUCCAUGAUACUCUUAAGAGCAUUACUUCUGGAUUUGCCAGCUUUGAUUACCAGGAUCAUGGGUUUCAUCCGAGCCCGUUAGUAAGGAUGGAUAUUCUAAUAAAUGGUACUUUAGUAGAAGAAUUGGCGUCUAUUGUACACGUGAGUCGUCUAGAAUAUACUGCUAGACGACUGACAGACAAGCUAAAGGAAAUGAUACCACGACAGAUGGUCCAGGUAGCGAUCCAAGCUGUAGUUGGAGGGAAAGUUUUCGCCAGAGAGACCUUGAAAGCUUACAGAAAAGAUGUCACGGCUAAAUUAUAUGGCGGAGACGUGACUCGAAGAAAAAAGCUAUUGAAGCAACAAUCUGAAGGUAAAAAGAAAAUGAGAAGCGUUGCCAACAUUAAAAUACCGAGGAAUACGUUCAUCGAUGUUUUAAAGAGAUAAUAAAUACCUAUUUAUUUUCUGUA